GGCAGAGCAACGAUCAUGGUUUCGCUGGUACUCAGAGGCUUACGGGACUUGUCCAAGCGUGCGGAGACUUUCAUCUCGGUCCCGCGAAGACAUCGUCAUAAGAAGAAAUGGGCUGCUACAGAGCCCACAUUUUCUGCCACUCAACUAGCUCUGCAGAAUUUUGACAUGACCUACAGCGUGCAGUUUGGAGAGCUUUGGCCAUCAAUCCGAGUCAGUCUCCUCUCAGAGCAGAAAUAUGGUGCACUGGUCAAUAACUUUGCUACUUGGGAUCAUGUGAGUACUGAGCUGGAGCAGCUAAAUGCCAGGGAUUUUGUGAAUGAAGCGAUGUCCCGUGGAGAGCGGAAGCCUGAGGGUGACCAAACUGCAGCUUCACCCCCAGACUCUUGGGCCUAUAGUCCAAACCUUCGAUGCUUCACAUUUGCCAGAGGGGAUGUCAGCCGCUUCCCUCCUGCAAGGCUUGGCAGUCUAGGUGUCAUGGGCUACUAUCUGAUGGACGCUGCCUCCUUGCUACCAGUCCUAGCACUUGGCCUGCAGCCUGGUGACAUUGUGCUUGACCUCUGUGCAGCCCCUGGGGGAAAGACACUAGCGUUGCUUCAGACUGGCUGUUGCCGCCACCUUGCUGCAAAUGAUCAGUCUACUUCCCGUACAGCCAGACUACAGAAUGUCCUUCACAGCUAUGUGCCUCAAGAAAUCAGGAAUAAUAAUCAAGUUCGAGUUACCUCAUGGGAUGGAAGGAAAUGGGGAGAACUAGAAGGGGACACCUAUGACCGGGUGCUGGUGGAUGUGCCCUGUACCACAGACCGACACUCCCUUCAUGAGGAGGAAAAUAACAUCUUUAAGAAGUCAAGGAAGAAGGAGCGGCAGAUGUUGCCUAUGCUGCAGGUUCAGCUUCUCGCGGCUGGACUUCUUGCCACCAAGCCGGGAGGCCAUGUUGUGUAUUCUACGUGCUCACUCUCGCACUUACAGAAUGAGUAUGUGGUGCAAGGUGCCAUCGAGCUCCUGGCCAAUCAAUACAGCAUCAAGGUUCAGGUGGAUGACCUGACUCACUUCCGAAAACUUUUCAUGGACACAUUCUUUUUUUUUCCAUCCUGCCAAGUUGGGGAACUGGUAAUCCCAAACCUCAUGGCCAAUUUUGGGCCUAUGUACUUUUGCAAACUGUGUAGGCUGACAUAGCAUCACCUGGUCCCACAAGCUCUGGUGUUGGAAGACAGAGGGUAAUACAGUUGUGAUACAGAGAGUGUAUUCCCAUGAAAGUGCCAGAAACUGAGACAAGUGGCAAAGAUGGGUCCCAUCUUCAUCAUGUUCAAGUAGGAGUAUGUCUGUCCUGCUCUCCAAUUGUGGAGGCUCAGCAGGUUUCUAAUUCACUUGUGCUCUCCACCUUUAAGUCUGCACUAAAGUUUCCCACCCCAUUUGGGGUUUAAGAAAAGAAACCAGGUAGCAGACCCACACUUUAAACUGUUUUUAAAACUUUUUUAUAAGCCUUUAGCCAAUAAAAAUGUUGAUUCUACAUUGA